AUGAUUGCUAUCUCACAUUUCUUGGCUGUGCUACUCUCCGCAUCCAUCUUAUUCUUCUUCCUCCACAAAUGGCGCCGCAGCAACUCCCCGAAGCCCCGGGGAAGGCUGCCACCUUCUCCCCCAAAGCUCCCUGUCAUCGGAAACCUCCACCAGCUGAGCUCAGCCCCCCACAGAUCCCUUCAGUCACUCUCCCGCCGCUACGGCCCCCUGAUGCUGCUCCACUUCGGCAAGGUUCCUGUUCUCAUCGCCUCCUCGGCUGAGGCGGCUCGUGAGAUCAUGAAAAACCAGGACUUGAUCUUCUCAAACAGGCCCCAAUUCAGCGUCGCGAGCAGGCUGUUCUACAACAACCGGGAUAUGGCUUUCGCACCGUAUGGAGAACACUGGCGCCAGAUCCGCAGCAUUUGUGUGCUUCAUCUGCUGAGCAACAAAAGGGUUCAAUCCUAUCGUGGCGUGAGGGAAGAAGAGACUUCCCUCAUGGUCGACAAGAUCAGAAGGUUGGGUGCAUCAUCAAAGCCUGUGAACUUGAGCGACGUCAUUCAGUCUUUGACGAUCGAUGUGAUUUGUAGGGUGGCGCUUGGAAAAGAGUAUAGUUUGGGGAGUGAUUUCAAGGAUAUUUUUGGUGAGUUUGGGGAUUUGGUGGGGAUUUUACCUUUGUGGGAGUACAUUCCAUGGUUGAGAUGGAUGAGAAGGUUUGAUGGUUUGGAUAAGAGAGUAGAAAGAGCUGCUAAGAAGAUGGAUAGGUUUUUGGAGGUUGUGAUUCAAGAACAUAGAGUUAGGGAGAGGAGAGAGGGAGAUGGUGGUGAGCUGGAUUUUGUUGACAUAUUGCUUGAUUUUCAAAGAGAGAAUGCAAGCCGCACCCCUAUUGAACAUGACACUAUCAAAGCUACUGUUUUGGAUAUGUUUGUUGCAGGAACUGAUACUACAUAUACAACUCUUGAGUGGGCGAUGACGGAGCUGAUUCGAAAUCCAGAAACAAUGAAAACAUUACAAAAUGAAGUGAGAGAAGUAGCUGGAAAUAAGGAUGAAAUUGAUGAGCAAGACUUGGAGAAAAUGCCUUAUCUGAAAGCAGUGAUAAAGGAGAGUCUAAGGUUGCAUUCGUCGGGGCCAUUGUUGCUCCCUCGUGAAUUAACUCAAGACACAAGAGUAUUGGGCUAUGACGUCGCAUCUGGUACACGUGUGAUGAUUAACGUUUGGGCAAUUUCUAGGGACCCGUCAUUGUGGAUAAAUCCUGAGGAAUUUCGUCCGGAGAGAUUCCUUGAAAUGAGCGUAAACAUUAGAGGUAUGCAUUUUGAGUUGACUCCGUUUGGAGCAGGCAGGAGGGGUUGCCCUGGUAUUACCUUCGUGAUGGCGGUGGAUGAGCUCACAUUAGCCAAGUUGGUACACAAGUUCAAUUUUGGAUUGCCUAAUGGAGCGAAAAUUAAGGAUUUAGAUGUGAGUGAGUCUAGUGGAGUCAUAAUCCAUAUAAAGUGUCCUUUGUUUGUUGUAGCGACUUCACAUGUUUUUUAG